ACAUUGUGUUGAGCUUCACACAGCUGUCUCAGCUCCCUGCUACCUUGGUGAAGGAGAUUCCAAACCCUCUUGAAAACAUGGACCUCAGUGGAACAUGGCAGGUCUACUCCCAGGAAAACUACGAGGCGUUCCUCAGAGCCAUGGAACUCCCAGAAGAUGUCAUCAAGAUGGCCAAGGACAUCAAACCGAUCACUGAGAUUAAGCAGAACGGCCAGGACUUUGUCAUCACCUCUAAAACGCCUGGCAAGUCUGUGACAAACUCCUUCACCAUCGGGAAAGAGGCUGAAAUUACUACCAUGGAUGGCAAGAAGCUAAAGUGCAUUGUCAACAUGGAGGGAGGCAAACUAGUCUGCAAAACGGGCAAGUUCAGCCACACACAGGAGCUCAAAGGAGGAGAGAUGGUUGAGACUCUGACUGUGGGCUCAACAACUCUUGUCAGGAAGAGCAGGAAGAUUUAAAUCUGGCCGUGGAAAAGAUACAAUGUCUAUUUAAAUAAAAAAGUGUCCGCAA